AUCUUAGUCACGCAGCUUCUGGCUGAGCCAUCUGACUGCUGGUUUAUCUGUUCCAACACAAAGCCUCUCACCCGGAUAGUGUCACUUUGGCUCCUCUCCUGCUGACUCCUGACUCCACUCUCUUCUAAAGGAGCUGCUGGAAGAACCAAGUCAUGGAGGAGACGACAGCUACUGACCAAGCAGAGCUGGCGGUUUCCAAUGUGUCACCGUUAAUGAGCCAAGAUGAGGAAGAGGAAGACUUAAGCAUCCAAAACGACGAUCCCCCGAGGUCAGAUAAAGUUCCUGUGACGAUAGACCCAGUGCUAACUCAGCCUGGUCCGGCCAUGGCUACAACCACCAUCACCACCGUCACACAGAUGGGGGGAGACUGGAGCACGGGGCUUCUUGAUGUAUGCGGAGACAUGACAACAUGUAUUCUUGGAGCACUGGUGCCAUGCUUCUUAGACCUGAGUUUAGCCCACCAGUAUGGGGAGUGUCUGUGUCUGUCCCUCCUACCAGGAUCCACUUUAGCCCUCAGGGUUGGAAUUAGGGAGCGUUACAAAAUACGAGGAAGUGUUUGUGAGGACUGGAGUGCAGUGUGCUGCUGUUACCCUCUGGCUGUAUGUCAGAUGAUAAGAGAGAUGAAGCACAGGAUGAAGACCCAGACAUAUCAUGUGUCUACAGCAGUAGAGUCCUUGUGAUGAAACAGUUGACUGUAACCUUGUCCUUUGCAUGACAUUUCAACAUGGAUCAGCUAAUAUAACAGAGAUUAGCAUAAGUCUAUAGUAGCAAAUGACUUGAACCUUUGAAACAUUCUAUAUUAUCCAACACAAUGUCCAGAUUUCAUUCUUUUAUAUAAAAACAAAUAUUUCAACAGCUGUUUGAGUAAAGUAUAUCAUUAAUAAUAUACCAUUACUUUUAUAAUAUAAAUAAUAUUGUGGCAACAUCUGAAAUCAGAUGAAAAGCAGGUGUGAAGAUAAAGCGUUUUUUUUUUCACUUCCAUUAGACAUCAGAAAAGCUCUAAACAUGUCAUGCAAGAAUAAACUUAACACACAGACAAAUAGAAAAGGUAGGUGACUGCCCUACAAAGACAUGCCUCUGUUACUGUUUGUCAUCUUAGCUGAAAUUUUAACCCAUUUUUCAAUAAAUUAUUUCACUUCAGUCAUUAUUUUCGUACUGGACUAGGAUUAUGCCUUUAAACCUCUAUAAAACACAUGUAACAUACAAUUUAAAUGCUUAAAAAUUUGCUUAUUUAAUUUGGUCAUUGUUGAACUUUCGCUAGCACAUAACAAUGGUUUCUAAAAGCUGUUUCUUUAAUUUAUUUUUCUUUUUUUAGUCCCUGAUGAAUGAAAAUGACAGUCUUUAUUUUUGCAUGCCGUCUAGUUUGCCAGAAAGUCAGAAGUGCUCCAGCUUGAGAAUUUAGAUCAUUAUUGUAGCGCAGGGUUGCUCAGUUAGGGUCCUCGAGGUCCUGUGUCCUGCACCUUUUAGACGUGUCUCUGCUUUCACACACCUGAAUCACAUCGCUUAAUUACCUCCUCAGUAUGCUGUCAAGUUCCCCAGAGUCCUGCUGGUGACCUGAUCAUUUGACUCGGGUGUGUUGAAGCUGGGACACAUGUAAAAGAUUCAGGACACCGCAUGUUGAGGACUGGAACAUAGGAGCCCUGUCCUCGAGUCUUAUUUAAAACAUAAAGAUUUAUCACAUUGAUCCUAGAACACUAUUAAAUAUGCCUCCAAAAUGUUAGCUGUUGGGAAAUAUUUUUAAAAUUAAGGGUGUAAUUUUCCCAUUUUGUUAAUAUAAACAUGCAUUUAUGUGAAAAGACAAGUUGUAAUAGGCGUUAAAAAUGAAAUGACUGAAAUACUCAAACAGGAAGUGCUUUUAUCCUGAAGGGCCAGAAGUGACUUUGUA